UUUUUUUCUCACAAGGGUCCCGAACUACACCGAGAUUUGGAAUAUUACGUUACAGUCGUGCAGGAAAAUGGCGACUGUCAUUCAUAAUCCUCUAAAAUCGCUCGGCGACCAGUUCUACAAGGAGGCCAUCGAACACUGCCGCAGCUACAAUGCCCGCCUCUGUGCCGAGCGCAGCGUGCGCAUGCCCUUCCUGGACUCGCAGACGGGCGUGGCGCAGAACAACUGCUACAUCUGGAUGGAGAAGUGCCACCGGCAGCCAGGCCAAGCAGCAGGACAGAUGUACACCUAUCCAGCUCGUUGCUGGAGAAAGAAGCGGCGACUCCACCCUCCCCUGGAUCCCCAGCUCCGCCUGUGUGAGCUUCGACUGGAGGCCGAGCUGGCCCCCAAGCGCGAGGUGCCCCCGGGGGAGGCCACAGCCUUAGAGGCCCUCCUGAGGGGGGACAGCCUGCUGGAGAAAAAAAACAACAUCUGUAAGGAAGAGGAAACGUUGCUGGAAAUACAGAGAGUUCUGGAGGCGGAGGAAAACGGGGACGGUCUCCAUGAUGACGAAGACUUUGACCAGGACACUCCAAAGAGAAAGAACAGAAACAGAGGAAAAAACAGAGGAUCCAGUCGCAGGAGGACGGAGGCCGUGAACGCCGAGGACCAGGACAAACCUUACGUCUGUGACAAUAAAUACAAACAAAAGCAUAACUCAAAAAAGGCUGAAGAAGUCUGUGGAAAGCGUUACAAGAACCGUCCCGGCCUGAGCUACCACUACACCCACACUCACCUGGCGGAGGAGGAGGGUGAGGAGGAGAAGGAAACGGAGAUGGCGCCGUCUCCUCCGUUUUGCCCAGACAACCACAAACCUCAGAAGGCUGCGGACGGCACCAUCAUCCCCAACGACUACUGUGACUUCUGCCUGGGAGACCAGGACUCCAACAGGAAGACGGGCCAGGCCGAGGAGCUGGUGUCCUGCUCCGACUGCGGGCGCUCCGGUCACCCCACAUGUCUGCAGUUCACUGAUAACAUGAUGCAGGCAGUGCGGACGUACCAGUGGCAGUGCAUAGAGUGCAAGUCUUGCAGCCUCUGUGGCACCUCAGAGAACGAUGACCAGCUGCUCUUCUGUGAUGACUGUGACAGAGGAUACCACAUGUACUGCCUGAAGCCUCCAAUGACCAAGCCUCCAGAAGGGAGCUGGAGCUGUCACGUGUGUCUGGACCUGUUGAAAGACAAGGCCUCUGCCUAUGGAGAGGCUUAACUUCCUUGGACAUUCUUCUCAACACACACGUACACACAAUAUAUAUAUAUAUAUAUAUAUAUAUAUAUAUAUAUAUAUAUAUAUUUGUACCUAUACAUUAACUGUUUGACAUACCCGUAAGCGAACACGUUUCUCUCAGAUAGAAUCAAACUCACACAGACACACUAUUACACACACACACACACGCACACACACACUCCAGUGCAUUAGCAGGCUCAGGGCGGUUUCCUGUUUGAGGCGCAGCGACCUUUGACCCCUCGCGUAGCCGAGCAACACUCCGAAACGGCGUCAGACGCCCGGGCAGGUCUGCCGUCCAGUCACCUCUCUCUACCUCACCACUCGGCAGGCGGCAAGAAGCCAAAGCAAGAUUGGUAAUGGCCAAUACUGUGUAGUACAUGUGUAUGUGGAAAUACAUGCUCGUUAUAAACCAACCGGGGACCCCCCGCC